AUGUCUGGACGUGGAAAGAAACAAGCAGUGGCUGGCAGCCCUAGAAGCGCAUCCAACAAGAGCAAAUCAGCCAGGGCAGGUCUGCAGUUCCCUGUGGGCCGUGUCUAUAGGCUCCUGCGGAGAGGGAACUACGCUGGCAGGAUUGGCUCUGGCGCUGCCAUCUACCUGGCUGCAGUGAUGGAGUACGUGACAGCAGAGGUCCUGGAGCUGGCAGGGAAUGCUGCUCAUGAAAACAAGAAGACAAGGAUCCUGCCCAGGCACAUUCAGCUGGCUGUGAGGAAUGAUGAUGAGCUGAACAAGCUCUUUGCCUGUGUGACCAUUCCUCAAGGCGGGGUUAUGCCGAAUAUCCUUUCUCAGCUCCUUCCGAAGAAAACUAGUGGAAAUGUUGCUUCUCAAAAAUAUGGUGGUAGCCAGUGA